UUUACUACAAAAACUUUAUCGCAAACGUAAUUGGACCGAAACAAUCGAAUAUAAUACCUGUUAAAGCUCUUUUACCGAACAACACAAUCAACUGGCAGUUCAAUACGUCCAACACAGAAUCGUUUCCUGUUGAGUUAACAUUGUGUUCAAUAUCAGUUUGGGACGCUUUCUAAUCGAGACAAAAGAACCGAGUUAAAUGGAUUAGUUUGCUGGAUCUGAACGAAUCUGGAAAUUCAAGUUUUGUGAUCCCUCAUCAUGGAACUGAUCAGGAGAUUCAUUAGAUAGUUCCAGGAAGUUGGAUGGAUAUUCGUUUAGUUAUACCCAACACCACCAGAGAUGCCAACAACCCUCCUAGUCGUGCUUCCCUGAAAAAAAGACCGGACCGAAACAGUAGAUCUUCAGGAUGUUGUACGCCAGCCAGACUCCCAAUGUGAUGACCCCUUGUCCCAACUCGACAGCACCCCCGGAAGGGGCGGGGGGUGCGAACGCGACCUACUUGCUUCUGUACGCGGGGGAGGAGGACCCCCGGACCGACGUCCUGCGGCGCUACUGCUACGGCGUCGCUUUGCCCUCCAUCUGCCUCCUUGGCAUCGUCGGCAACGUGUUCAACUUGAUUGUGCUGACCAGGAGGAACAUGCGGGGCACCGCCUACAUCUACAUGAGGGGAUAUUCCGCUGCAGCUCUGUUGGCAAUCCUGCUCGCCUUACCCUUUGCUUGGAGGGUGCUUGUUCACAAGGACGAAGGACAUUGGCUGGACGUUUUUCCUGCAUUCUAUUUUGCACACCUAGAACUUUCCUUGGGUAACGGUUGCUUGGGUGUAGGAGUGAUGAUGCUUCUGGCCUUGACCUUGGAAAGAUACGUCAGCGUAUGUCAUCCAGGAAGAGCAAGGCCCAUUCUUGGCUCACCAAUGCGUGCAGUUCUUCUGAUACCAGUAGCAACCUUCAUCCUCUACCUACCAAGUGCUUUCCGCAGCGAGGUACGUGUUUGCCAUCUGCUGUCCCAAAACCUAACCAUCUACCAACGCGUAGAAACAGAACUGAUCAAGCAUCCUCUGUACUGUUUCUACACCGUGGUCUUGGAGAUCAUCUUCAAGGUCAUCCCCAUCAUCCUCUUGGCUACCCUCAAUCUCAGGAUUCUGGUCGUGUACAGAAGGUCCUGCGAGAAGAGAAGGAGAAUGACCUUGUGCAGGACCACUUCGGGAGAGGAGGAUCCCAGGAAGUUCGCUGAAGAGAGGCGUUUGGUCCUGUUGUUGGGAUCUACCAGCAUUCUGUUCUUGGUUUGUAUCACGCCGAUGGUGAUACUGAACAUCACCCUGUCUAGGGAUAAUCUGAACAAAUAUCCUUAUCAAGUAUUUCGAGCACUAGCAAACCUCCUAGAAGUCAUCAACUACUCCAUCACCUUCUACAUCUACUGCCUGUUCUCCGAAGACUUCCGCAACACUCUGUUGAGAACCCUGCACGCCACGUCGAAUCCAAACGCGAAGGGGACCAUGAAACAGCCACCACCCACUGCAACAACUACAAUAACGCAUCCUCGGAGUUUUUGAUAUAAAACUGGCAGACCGAUUGCAACACCGGUCUGAUAACAAGACUGAGACGGCCUAAAAAAAUCUACUUGUGUUCUCGGUGCUAUUUUUUGACUUUAUAAGGAGUUUAUGAACUUUUAUGAUUCUACACCAUUCCCAUAUAGUGACAAUAGGGAUAUAGACCUGCAUUUUGACUUGGCGAGAGUAACUAAGAUGCCUAAAAAUACUGGUGUGUACACUUAUUAGGUUUUGUUUGAAAUAUUUCUGGUUAGUCGACUACUACAUUCCCGGUACUUAUGGUGGAUUUAUGCACCAGUCCUAAGAACUAAGCCUAAAGCUAAUGGUGGAUGUAUGCGCCGUACCUAAGA